UUGGCGGGAAGAACGAUUCUAAAUCUCCAGAGGCGCAAGGCUAUUGUCCUCAAACAAGAAAAAAAAUUACUUUCAGCAUUGACCUCAGGUGAUUUCUCUCAUGUGGAAUCCAUUACUUUGAUUCUGGUUUUCGGGUGAGUGUCUGUCAACAGAUUCGAGAUUAUCAGUGGAUUCCUGCCGAAACUUGAGCAUCAUGGCGUUAUAGGUUUCAGUUUCUCUGUCGAUCUUUGCGACUGAACAUCGAUCACAACAACUCAUUCCUUCCAGACGCUKCCUAGUGAUUUCAAGGACUCUAUCCAUCUCUUAGCCACAAUGGUAUCUACACUAGGAGCAACYAAUCUUGAUUCUCCCAUCACACCAGCMAAUGGAAAACAAAUCCACWGUCAUGACAUGGAGUCUCUCUAUACUACACCUGAAGAUGGUUUGAUGGAAACUGAACAGCCACUCAAGGAUUCUGUAGUCAAAAAGAAGGGAAGUCGGACUGUAUCAAAAAGAAAGUUAUUCUUGAAUUCUGGAACUCCAGCUAAAGUGAAAAAGUUACCAAGUCCUUCAUUAAAGAGUUCAAAGAAGAYCACACCAUCACCAGUGGCAGCUUCUCCCAUCAGUAAAGAMKCACCAUGGCCUAGUUACCCACUUACAGAAAGACAACAACUACAAUAUCUGCUGGAGGUCACAGCUAAAGAUGCCCAACCUAAAGACCAACAAGAGACGGACAGUGAUGAAGGACAAGGCCAAGGUCAAGCAUUUACCAAGUUAAAAAAGAAAGAUAUCACAAAGAAAGAAAGCAAUACAGUUAGAAUCAACAAGAGGAAUGAGCGAGGGGAAACUCUUUUACAUGUUGCUGCUAUUAAAGGAGAUGUUGAUGAUACUAUAGAUUUAAUCAAAGCUGGUAUAGUUGUUAAUGCUAAAGAUUAUGCAGGGUGGACUCCACUUCAUGAAGCAUGUAAUUUUGGACAUUUACAAAUUGUUGAGGAACUAAUCAAGGGUGGUGGCAAUGUAAACUCACCUGGAUAUGAAGACAUUAGCCCUCUUCAUGAUGCAGUCAUCAACAAUCAUGUUCAGGUCGUAGAGCUACUUUUAAAGUAUGGUGCUGACCCAGAGCAGAGAACAAUGCAAGGUUUUACAGCUAUAGAYCUUGCUAGAUCAGCAACUAUCUUAGAAAUACUUCAGAGUGUAAAACCUCUACAGAAAAGUAUCCCUUCUAUUAUCAAAAGAGAACACAAUCCUGUAUAUUUAGAAAGUAAUCUUGACAAUGAAACCAAUGGUUAUUCAUCUCAUACGUCAUCAGAAGAAAGUUACUUUAGACCAUCACAAACUAUAGAUCCUGUUUAUCAAGAUACAUCUAGCACAUCUGUCAUAAAAGACUUGCCACGACAGAACUCACCAUAUUCACGUAGGAGCUCAUCUAGCACAAGUCUUCACAGUGAAAUUGAUGAUAAUAUUGAUCCUGCACGCUUGAAUGAGUGUCUAGACAAAGCCAUGGUACAGAUGUCAUCUUAUUUAGAUCCAAAGAAAGAUUGCUUUGAUUACGAUAAUGAAUUUCCAACCAGUAAAUACAACUCACAAGUGACUGCAAUGCCGGUUAGUAAAUCAAAAAGUGACGAUGARACUUUGGUGAAGACAAAUCUACAAGUCUCAAGCAAUGGUAGUGCAUCAUCUUGUAUWAAUGGUUUAGGGCUUUCACAGUUGAAGAAUGAUAAAUCAACAGCACAGAAGGAAACUAUARUGCAGGAUUCACAGUUUAAUAAAGAAAACCAACCAGUCUCUAAGAGUUUAUCAUGUCACAGCAAGACACUGACGCAGAGYACUCAAGCUAAAUCUGAUUCCAGUAAAGCUAUUAGUGAGAGCUAUGCAAAGUCUUGUCAGGAAUGUGUAGGACACAUCAAGAAUCCAACAUGGAGAAAAGCUUUGGCAAAGCAAUACCAUAACCCUGCAAACCUUCCACUAUAUGUACCAGGAUAUCACAAGUUUACUAUGAAGAGUAGGAAUUACACAACACACAGUCAAAUUAAUAUUCCUGAGAAAAACUCUGAUGGCAGCCUGAAGGGAAAUAAUGAACUCUCCAGGCUAAAAAUGCAACACAAGAUUGAACAAGAAAAGCUGAAAUUGUGUUUUGARCAAGAAGUAGUUAGGUUGUUUGGUAGGUUYGCCAGAUCAGCUGUCAAGAAGGAGGUUCCUAUAAGUGCAUGYACAAUUCUCAAACACCAGAUGCUGUCGCAUGGCAGAGCAGUUCAGAAUUCAAAACCAAGCAUCCCUACCAAUGAAAUCACGUGUCAAUCCAUGAAAGCAGAGGUUGAAGAAUUAUUACAAAAAUUUGAAAAAAGAAAGGUUGAACUUCUUACCAGACAAAAGCAUGAAUUUGAUGCUGUUAUAGCUCUACAAAAACUAGGUUUAGACCCCCAAUGUCAAGAUCAAUUAAUAGAUAUAGAUGACUAUAAAUUAGAAGAUUUUGAUGUUACACCAUCUGGGUUUAAAGCUUCCUAUGAACAAUUYUUCAGUCGCAUUGAUCACUAAAGCAUUGGAUCAUAUUUUGAUACCUCUACAAUUGCGUCAUUCUGAACUACCUUAUGUUUCUCUGGUAUGUAUUUCCAACACUUUCAUAGUUUAGUUUAGGUAAGGACAACCAGGUGUUUUCAUAUAUAUUCUAGUAAAUACAAAGAGUUUGAAGGGAUUGUGCAAUUUCACGGGCAAUUUUAUGCUCUAUUUGAUACAGUAAUACUAGAGAAAUUGAAAACUGAUUUUCAAAAAUACCACUAGGAACCCUGAAAAGAGUUUUUAUGGUAUACAUUCAUACAGUAUAGCCCUGCAGUAGUCUGCAGUCAACAGUAGUGCAUUAAUAUAUUAUGAUAUAGCUAAAAUGAUGGAAACUAGCAGUGAACUAGUAUAUAAGUUGGUAUUUCUAAAGAAACAUCRUCAUUGUAAAAAAGUAGGUGRAACAACUUACURGCGUUUUGGACAUUGAUCCUUUACUACAACGAAGAAUUAACAUUCACCUCCUUUUUUAAGRUGUUAAAAUUUAUCUUUUUGCACAACUAUCAUAUAGCUAGCAAACUAGCCUUGUGGUCAUGCAUAAAGAAAUGUAGAUGCUAUUCCAAUUUUUGAAUGAUUAUAUCAAAUAUUUUUGUCUUGUGUAAUUAACCACAAUGUUAUGAAAAAUGCUAGGUUAUUGUUGAAAUAAAAGAUGACAUUUGAUACUUUUUA